CUCAAAAUACAUAAAGCCUCCAUGUUGCACAGGGAAUCUAGGGCCAGUAGAUAUGAACCGUUUGCCUGAAAGUGUUAGCUAACUUUAAUGUUGAAAAACUUUGAGCGUUUGAUACGUGCUUUUGGACAAUCGUCUGACGGGCUUCCUAGUAUUUUCAACGUUGUUCCAGACACGGCCUCACAUUUUGGAUGAUCGGAGCUUCACAGCUAACUCGCUAACCUAAGCUACUUGCUAACUUCAGCUAGUUAGCAAUUCAACGUCGUUUUUUUUUUAAACCACACACGCUGCCGGUGUUGCACACAAAAUAUUUGUUUGCAGCGAUGGUAUAUUGCGGAGAACCAUAAAUGACAGCCAUUCACUGGCUCCCUUUCACCACCUUGCUAGCUGGCUGGCUACCACCGCUGCCACAACACUUCGCCUCGGACGAUUGCCUGGCUUUGUGGGCUGGCUGGUCAUUCCCAUCUUAAACAGCUAGCUAACAGUAGCUAGCAAACGAAGCAAGCGCGCUUGUACGAAUAACAUUGUGGGAAACAAAAAAGGAAUAAACGCCCGCCUAAAUGGACCACAUGUCCAUAAUAACCCAGGUUUCCAACCCGAAGGAGGAGGAAGUAAUAUCCUUUAACCAGGAAAAAGCAUCCCAGUCGAACAGCAGCCUAAAGAAGCAGAGGAGCCGGAGCAUCUUCAGCACAUUUUUCUGCUGCUUUCGCAACUACAAUGUGGAACCACCAGCCACCAACACCAACACCAGCUCCCUGCCUCCACCUGUUGAGGAGAAUGGAUCGCCUCCAAAGUGUGACCAGGUCGAGGUCAUCCCUGUCCCUAGUCCACCAGCCAAAUACCUCCUACCAGAGAUGAUAAUAUCGGACUAUGGAAAAAAGUGUGUGGUGAUUGACUUGGAUGAAACACUUGUCCACAGCUCAUUCAAGCCCAUCAGCAAUGCUGAUUUUAUUGUUCCAGUGGAGAUCGAUGGUACCGUUCAUCAGGUGUAUGUGCUGAAACGACCCCAUGUGGACGAGUUUCUUCAAAAGAUGGGAGAGCUGUUUGAAUGCGUGCUCUUCACAGCCAGCCUUGCCAAGUAUGCAGACCCUGUGGCAGACCUGCUGGAUCAGUGGGGCGUGUUUCGAGCACGGCUCUUUAGAGAAUCCUGCGUUUUUCACAGAGGGAACUAUGUCAAAGACCUCAGCCGGCUGGGACGAGAGCUCAACAAUGUCAUCAUUGUUGACAAUUCCCCCGCCUCUUACAUUUUCCACCCAGAAAAUGCUGUCCCAGUCCAAUCCUGGUUUGACGAUAUGAAUGACACAGAGCUCCUGGACCUGCUGCCUUUCUUUGAGGGACUCAGCAAAGAAGAAGAGGUUUACGGAGUCCUGCAGAAUCUGAGAGCCAGGUAGCAGGACACACAACAGCGCCAUCUGUGCUCUCCACCUGCCUCUCUAUCAGUCUCUGCCCCUUUCUACAACCACAUCUCUCAGACUCAGGCAGAUCCUCCCACACGCGCCCCUCUUGUCUCUGCCCCAAGGGGACGCCUUGGAGUCUCACUGUGGAAACCUUCAUGUAACCCCAUCUCUGCUUUCAUCUCCUGGUGACUGGCUGCCUUCUGAGUGCCAUCAGAAAAAACAACAACAAAAAAAACAUGAAAUAUCCCAGGAGCACUGUGUUUGACAAAAACCACACCAGAAGUGUACAGAGCAUCCUAAGUUGAUAAUAUUGGGGACAAAAUGCUAAGAGGAAUGAACUCUGGUCUUCAUUUUCAAACAAAGUUUUACUAUUCGGUGAAGUGCUUGUUUUUAAACCAAAAAAACAACAGCAUUUUUUCUGGAACUUCUUUUGUGGUACCACACAAAAGUCUGAAAAGAUUUAGUCCUUGUAUUGUUGCUAUGCAGGCAGUUUCUGGUAGUAGAAAGGACUGUGAUUCUCUUUUCUUACUGAAUGAAGUGCCUUGUGUGAAUGUUGUUUAUAUGGGGAGAUAUUUUGUACAUGGCAUAUUUCCAGAGUACUUCAGUCUUUUCACACACAGUAUGCUUUAAAGUGGGCACAGAAGUAUCUUGGUAUAAAAGUUUUACUUUAGUUUUAUUUUUGAUCAUCAAUCGCUGGGUAAAUGUCUCCAUAGUAUUCUUUAUUUUUUCCAGUAUGCUUGUGCCACUCUAUAGAUGUGACUUUGUUUCUUUCUGCUUUCAUUAUAUGUAGAAAUAGUUCAUUUGUUUUAGGCGAAGGAGUACGUUUGCAAUUGUGAACCUUGCGCCCCACCUGCAAGUACAGUAGUUCUUUGCGUUUGAUAGUUAGUUCAGAUAGCUCAGAUAAAGUUGUGCCAUUUAUCUUAUGUCUCUCUCUCAUUACCCCCCCCCCCAAUCUCAUUUUAUUUGCCAAAUAAGGACAUUUAUCUUUUAACAGGCUUCAUAUCUUUAACAGGGGUUCAGCUGUAACUGUUAAAUCAUUAGUAGUAAGUAUAGCAUUAUAGGUUUUAUUCUGUUGACAAAUAGUUAUCAAAUACAUUUGUAUGUUUUUAAUGUUAUGAGGUCCUUGUAUGUCAUGUCGUGUUUAUCAUAUGGCUAGCUUUUUAGCCCACUUUAUGUUUUUUGGGUAGGGGGGCACACAUAAGUGGUGCAGCUUCGCCCUUCGGGGAUGAUCUUUCUCCAGAAUUGUACACAGUUGCAAAGGUAUCCCUUUUGUUAUUUCAAGUGGUCUGGGAUCUUACAGUUAAUGGGUCGAGUGCCAUGUUUUUAAUUUUUCAUGAGUUUAGUGUCUUUAGGGAGUAUAUUUUAGUGUCAGAUUGAGUCUGGACAGCGUUAAAAUCACACCAUUCUCUCCUGAUUGAUGAUGAUGAUGGCCCGCUCUCGUCCAGUAAUGGUGUAGAACCAGCGGAGGCGAUGUGUGGUGUUUACCUUCCCAGACUCUUUUUAACUGCUCUUCACCUCAGUGCCUAUGUUUUGAGAGGAGCCACACAAACCGAAUGCUGCAACAUUAGCUACCAUGGCAAUAACCUUAUCUGGGUGAGUUUCCAUCCCACGUGUUUGGUUUGGGUAUCUUGAGCACUUGGCGCGGCUAGCCAGUCAAGGUUUGGUUGACAGUAAAGGCUGGUCUUGUGAUAGAACCUUCGAACCAGGAGUUUCGGAGUUGAUCUGAAAACUGGACAUACACACGUGAUUUAGUCCUUUAGUCAUUUCAGAAUAAAAUUUAAAUUAUAAGAAUGUCCAAAUGACCCCCCCCCCCCCCAAGAUUUGAAAUGCUGAAACAACUUGAAUGUUGCUUGGUCUAUUUCAGCAACAGCAGCCAAACAACCUUGUAUGGUGAACUACAUUGUCAUCAGCUUAUCAGCUUUUGUUGUGGAGGAAAGUUAAAGAAAAUAGGACGCCUUCCGAACCUACAGAUGGGGGCUCAGUCCUGGUCCAUCCAGACAGCCUCCAGAUGUUAGGGGCCAGCUCUAAAUGGAACACUACUGGGGCACUGUAAACGGACUGUGAAGAACCUCAUCAUGGCAUUAAUGCCUUACUGCCUGUGGAGGCACAAAGCAAUGUUUCUUCAUUAAUUCCAAGGUUACAUCUACACAUUUUUAGCAUUGUCUCAUUAGCAUUUUCUUAUGGAGUGUGAAAACGGCUCGGCCAUAGUAUAUUUAGACCAUAUAUGGUCAGGUGAAUCAACAUUGUGAAACAGUAAAAUGAAGCAACGAAGCAUGAAGAAGCUCUGUGGUCCCAUCAAGGGAUUGUACGCUCCAACAGACCUCAUUUGCUUUAUUGCUUGGUUUAUGGGUCAUGGUGUUAUAUUGGAAAGACCUACACUACUUCAUAAUUUCCAACACUUUUUUGUUUUUCAAGUUGAAAGGCUGCUGCUCCUUCAGGCGUAUUGAAAUAUUUUCUUUUGCAUAAGCAUUUGUGUUGGUGGUUUCAGUGCAAUGUCCUUUUAUAAGAAGCGUUUGGUCGACUCUUCUCAACCUCUCAAUGAUUACCUUUGUCUGAAGAUGUUGUUUGUAUCAUUGUGAUAUUUUUCUACCUACCUUUUGUCAGUAUUUGGUUUGAAAAGUUGCAUAUUACCCAUUGUAUCCAGCUUUUUGUUUCCUCUUCCUUUCAGAGCUGUAAUGUUCCUCUCUCUUGCAUUUGGUAAGAGUUCUCAGUCAGGUCUCGUCUUUCCUAUCAGGGGACGUGUGUGUGUGUGUGUGUGUGCGUGUGUGCGUGCGUGCGUGCGUGCGUGUGUGCGUGUGUGUGUUUUCUUAAAGUGUUUUCUGUGUCACCUCACUCAUAAUCACACAUUCAUCAUUUUGUAUUGAUUUAACACCAAAGUUCUGCAACACUUGAGUUCAAGUCACUGUGUUAUUUUGUUUGGGGAGGGGGGGGGGGGUCAGGUUAUUCACCUUAUUUUUUAACACAUCUCAGCUCUUGUUGGCUUACUUUGAGUGUUGGCAGCGUGUUGUCAUCCUGAGCAUCAGUUUUUUUUUCUUUUCCAUAAUAAAAAGCUUCAUUGAAAUAAUUUUGUCAUGUCUAUAUUUUUUAUUCAAAUGUCUCAUAUUGUAAAUGAAUUAAGGCCAAAGAUCAUCACUUGAACUUGAUAUGACUGAGGUUUCCACUGUCUUUCUGUACCUGAUAUGGUCUAUUAACUCCAAAAGUCAUGAGAGAGAAUGUUACUGUGUUCUGUUGGCUUAUUUUACAGUGAUCAUGUAUUUUGCCAUCAAUAUCCUUCCAUGACAUGUCACAA